AACAAUAGCUUAAUGUGGUAGAACGACACUCAGAAUACCCAGGCGAGCAGCCGCCUUUGCCUAGAGCUGACACCCGGCGUGUCUGUUCCAGUGAUUUGGAAGCAAAACACAUGGGACAGAUGGUAUCAGCAUCUUAAAAACAAACGUGCCCCAGCCAGGAAAUGAUGUGGAGGUUGGUGAGCCAUUCAAAGAGGAGAAGGCUGUUGCUAAAUACUUACGUUUCAACUGUCCAACAAAAUCCACCAACAUGAUGGGCCACCGUGUUGAUUAUUUUAUUGCCUCAAAAGCUGUGGAUUGCCUCCUGGAUUCUAAAUGGGCAAAGGCAAAGAAAGGAGAAGAGGCUUUAUUUACAACCCGAGAGUCUGUAGUUGAUUAUUGCAACAGACUCCUGAAAAAACAGUUCUUUCAUCGAGCAUUAAAAGUGAUGAAAAUGAAACCUGACAAGGAUGCAAAGAAAGAAAAGGAAAAAGGAAAGGCCGAGAGUGGGAAAGAAGAGGAGAAAAAGAGCAAGAAGGAAAGUGGCAAAGAUGAAAAAACUAAGAAGGAGAAAGAAAAGGAAAAGAAAAAGGAUGGUGAAAAAGAGGAGUGUAAGAAGGAUGAGACCCCAGGAACACCCAAGAAAAAGGAAACUAAGAGGAAAUUUAAACUUGAGCCACACGAAGACCAAGUUUUCUUGGAUGGAAAUGAGGUGUACGUGUGGAUCUAUGACCCUGUUCACUUUAAAACUUUUGCCAUGGGACUUGUACUUGUGAUUGCUGUUAUAGCUGCAACUCUGUUCCCGCUCUGGCCAGCAGAAAUGCGUGUUGGUGUUUAUUACCUCAGUGUAGGCGCAGGAUGUUUUGUCGCCAGUAUUCUUCUUCUUGCCGUUGCUCGCUGCAUCCUUUUCCUUAUCAUCUGGCUCAUCACUGGAGGAAGGCAUCACUUCUGGUUCCUGCCAAAUCUUACAGCAGACGUGGGAUUCAUUGACUCCUUCAGGCCCCUGUACACACACGAAUACAAAGGACCAAAAGCAGACUUAAAGAAAGAGGAAAAAUCAGAAUCCAAAAAGCAGCAAAAACACGACAGUGAGGAGAAAUCAGAUAGUGAGAAGAAGGAAGAAGACGAUGGGAAAGCAGAAGCAACGAGGAACUCGGGAACAGACGGCUCAGGAGGAGAGCGACAUUCAGACACUGACAGUGACAGGCGUGAAGACGACAGGUCCCAGCACAGUAGUGGAAAUGGAAACGACUUUGAAAUGAUCACAAAAGAGGAACUGGAACAGCAAACAGAUGAAGGGGAUUGUGAAGAGGAAGAGGAGGAAGAUACCGAAAGUAGGCCUUCACAUGAAAAAUCAUAACUCACUGUGGUUUUGGGACUAAGUAUGUGCAAAUGGUUGGAUUUUCUUUGUUGGCUGAUCACCAAAACAUAGACCCUACCGUAGCAUCUUUGUUUGCUGAAAUAUACAUGUUACCAAACAGUUUUAUAUCUAGUUCCUUCGUUUUUUUUAACCAUUAACUUGAUUACUUGGUACUAUGUUAAUCAUUAAUAUCCAUUGACAGAAGUUUUAUCAAUCUGACAAGUUUUCUAUUGAUUGAUAGAUUGCCCAGAUCGUCCUCAAACAUACUGAAAAACAUAGUUUUCUGGUACUUGCAUAACUGGUCAAUUAGUUUAGCUUCUCAAACUUGCUUUUGUAAAACAGGUAAAAGUUGAAUGACCAAAUCUCAGAUUAUUCCUAGUUAUGCUCAUUUGAUAGCUAGUUAGGUAAAGCCCUUCUUAGCCCACAGCUUUCUUGGUAUUUUUCUUGAUUGUAUUUUCAAGAUUGUGAAAACUUUCCUAAGAAAACUAGUUUUAGCAGAAGUAUUUUGCUGAAAAUAUAAAAAGCUGGUAGCGCUGAAUUUGGCUGCAGUGUUCUCUGUUUCUCCAGACUGUGUGCCAGCAACUGAGGAAAUCCAAACUGGUUUUGUACAUCUGGUUCGGAGAAAGACGUCAUCUCCAGCAGGUGAAGGAAGCAGCACGGUUUGGGAAUUAUGGCUGUUUUCUUUCUCCUGCUCCGUCAUAAUUAAAAAAAAAAAAAAUGUAUUCUGUACAUAAUUUACAAAUAAAGCAAACCAUUUACUUUAACUGCUACUUAUUAUUUAGAGAUUUGAUCCAGCAUUCAGUUUGUAUUAUUAAAGCCAUUUUGUGGUGUAUCUAUCAGAGAAGUGCAAGUCAAGAGGACCUCACAGAAUAUUUGUGUAUGAUUGGUAGCUGUUCCACAAGAGCUUUAGUUCUGUGCCAACAUUCCAUGUAUUUGAGUAUGAGUAAAUUGAUCUUUAUUAAAUGAAAGCAAACAACAUA